UAACAUGCCAUCAGAAUUUUAAUUAACUUUGUGAUUAUUAAAUAAUUCUUUCUUUCAAAUAUUCUGAUCACGUAACUUUUUCUCUAGGGUGAAAAUGUGAAAAGUGAAAGUUUUCCAUUCCAUAGUAAAAAUCACUUCACUUUUCACACGUUCAUCCUAGGGAAAAAGUUAUAUGAUCGGUUCCCUGACUCAAGUCGUUCUCAACACCUUUUCAAAUUCUUUAAAUACAGAUAAUUCUUUAGAUAUCACAUUAGUCGUACCUGCAUAUGUUUAAACAUAACUUCCAUGAUGGCUGUCAAACUAGCGAAUGUACAUUUUGUGCUACAAAAUUAAUGUAACUGAUUUGUGCAUAUAUACGUUUCUGCGUCGAAUUUGAGAACUGCUUUCCACGUUGUAUAUAUCGCAGUUGCAAAUUACGAUGUACGGUACCCAUUCGUACUCGUCACGUGUGCAUACUUCAUCGAUAAAGCAGUCCAAGAGUUACAACUGAAUUAUUGUUCUUAUUGCUAGUUAAUAAGUUUCACUUUUCUACCGAGCAAUCUGGUCGAAUAUUCCUCGCUUAUCACGACAUUAUCCGGCUCUUCAUUCCGUCUGUUCAAGAUGAUAUGCUCGAGAUGCAAAAAAUGCGUACGAACGCGGAUGACCCGACUCGAUUUAUGGAGUUUGAAUAUUCAGGGCGACGUCAGUCGUUUAGAUUGCAUCGACGGCAAUCACUUUAUAGCUGUAACAUUAAAUGAUAAGAUCAUCGACAUUAACGAUACUUAUUGCGAUCGACUGGAGGAUGGUUGGCGGGAAGUCCAAACAGAUCGCGAUAAGGUUCUCUUUUACACAUUGAGCCAAAUUGUUUAUCCAGAGUUUGACACGCCAAGGCCAGAAAGGCUUGAAACGUUGUAUGCUCUGGUGGACGAGCCCGAUGUUGUAAUGCUAAGAUGGCAAGGAGGCAAAGCGAUCGGAUUUUAUACCGUUAAACCUACAGGUACGGAAAUAUUUUCAACGAAAGAAAGAUACAUGAUGCCUGUAGUAGAUACGGCGUAUAUUCGUUCGGAAUAUAGGAACCAGGGUUUCGGGACGGGGAUCCUAUCCGACGUGAUAACGCGCUUCCCGAACGAAGAUAUCGGCUUCUCGAAGCCGAUAUCCAGUGGAAUGUUAAAAAUACUAAAAGCAUUCCUGACGAGUCGCAAGGAGUACCGAUUGCGUUUCUGGGAGAUCGCGGACUGCGAUAUUGAUGGAUCUCAGCAACUGAUAUGGUGCAGUUUGAAAAGAGCAGCCUUAUGACAAAAAGCAAUUAGAAUUUAUUACAAAAAUCGCAUAACAGGAUAUUUAUAUAUUUGCAUCAUACAUCAUACUUAU